GUAGAAUAUUGACUGUGUUACACGGGUAUGUUGACUCGCUACGCGGAAUAAAAUAGAAAAUAUUCGCAGACGACAGAAUUUGCUGAAAAAAUUAGGUUGUAUAUUUUGGUGGUUGAGCGCGGCAUUAAGUCUUUUAAAGGAUAAAAUUUUUCAUGCUUCCAAUCAUCAUAGUCUUGAUUAAUAAUAAUAAUAUGAUGUUUAUAUAAUUUUUGUAAAAAAGUAGAUAUUUAUUAAAGUGUGAGUAGUUGAGACCAUAUAAUUUCAGAUCACUCAAAAAAUUUUCUUUUUUUCGAUAAAAGUGAAUGAAAGCAUUUCACAAGUUCUUUACAUUGGCAGUAAGUUGAAAGUAAAUCAAGUCAUUUGGUAAGUCAUUUAUGAGUUGAUUUUUACGUAUAAACGGCUAAUAAAAUUAAUAGUAAAUUACUUUAAUCUUAUUUUUAUUUUGAACUUCUUACAAAUUUUUUCUAUUUUUUAAAUUUACACAAAAUCUUUUUUAUUCUUAGGGUAAAUUACUCUAACCUCUCUUUUAUUUUGCAUUUCUAGAAUUUUUUUUAAAAUACACAAAAUUAUCUUAUUUUUAAAGUAAGUUAAUUUACUUCUUUUCUAUUUGUAUUUUUUUUUUACAAAAUACCAUCUAAUAUUUGUAAUUCUUUACAAUUCAUCUCAUGUUAUAAUAAAAAUUUAAAAUUAUUAUAUGCUUAAAAAGAUAUUUAUAUGCUCUCAAAUUAUUCUAUAGGUGUUUUAAAAUGUUUUAAGGAAUACUCCUUUUUUAUAACAAAUAAUUUAAAUUUUAUUUAUUUUGAAUAUAUAAAAAAGUUGUUGCUCCGAUUUUUUUUUAUUAUUACGCGAGUUUAUUUGUAAAACAUUUAUAAGAUAUGAGGAGUACUUUUGAAAUGUUGAAAAAUAGGAGGAAUUUAUAUAACGUAUUUUUAAAAUAGAAGGCGCGUGUUCUGUGUAUGUUUUAAAAAUAAAGAGACUUUUGUAUAAGUUUUAAAAAUAAUUCUUUUUAUAAGAAGUAUAAAAUAGUAAGAAGAUUAUAGUAAUUUACUAUUAAACAACUUCAAAUGAAACAUAUGAAAUAAUUUUUAAAAUAAUACUAUUUCGUCUUCACGGUUUUAUAACAUUUAUUUUAUUUUAUCUCAUCACCUAUUUUAUUUUCGUAUAGAAUUUGUUUCACUUGGCUUAUUAUCUUUUCCAAACUGUAAAAAGUGUUGGAAGACUUUAAAGUGAGAAUAAUAAUAUUACUCAUAGCAUAAGAUAACAUAAAACGACUUGACAUGAAACCCAUACUAACAUAGAAUGAGCAGAAUCCUUGGUAGCCCCAAAAGCACGAAAACGGUGUCUCCAGCAAAGCGUAGAGCAUAAAGAUGCAAAAGGGAAGGACUGAUGCUUUAUGGUGAGUGAGGACCAUCCCAACCCAAAAGGAAAAGCAAAGCAUAAAUUGAAAGUAGUAACGAGCCUUGUUAUGCUUUUGUUCUCACAUCUCAAAUUCUUUGUCAUACUCAUACAUAUAUCACCACUCCAAUCUCUCCACAAUCACACUCCACAUGGGGCACUGCUUCGGCAAACCCCACAAACACGACCACGACCACAACACCAGAGUACCAAUCAUCUAUGAUCAUGGUGUACCACCACAUCAUCAUCAACAACCACCACUGCCAGAGAGAACCCAAGAACCAACUCGUUACCCAUUUUCAUCGCCAUCAUCAUCAUCGUAUGCUGAUAAAUUACCAAUACUCGGCAAACCAUACAUUGACAUCACAGCGCUUUACACGUUUGAGAAGGAACUGGGAAGCGGUCAAUUCGGUGUGACUCUUCUUUGCACCGAGAAGGCUACGGGAAGGAAGUAUGCUUGCAAGUCCAUUCCAAGGCGCAAGCUUAGGAGAAUGAAGGAAAUUGAGGGUGUAAAGAGGGAAAUUAUAAUCCUUCAGCACCUAACGGGACAACCCAACAUCGUAGAGUUCAAGGGUGCUUAUGAGGAUAGGGAGAACGUGCAUUUGGUGAUGGAGUUGUGUUUGGGUGGUGAACUCUUUGAUCGAAUCACUGCAAAGGGUAGUUACUCGGAGAGCGAAGCUGCUUCUAUAUUUAGACAAAUUGUGAAUGUGGUUCAUGCUUGUCAUUUUAUGGGGGUCAUGCAUAGGGACCUCAAGCCCGAAAAUUUCUUGCUCGUUAGUAAGGAUCCUAUGGCACCUUUGAAAGCCACCGAUUUUGGAAUGUCUGUCUUCAUUGAAGAAGGUAAAGUGUAUAGAGAAAUUGUUGGAAGUGCCUACUAUGUGGCUCCAGAGGUUCUAAAAAAGAAUUAUGGAAAGGAGAUUGAUGUUUGGAGCGCAGGAAUCAUUUUGUACAUACUCUUAAGUGGGGUGCCUCCAUUUUGGGCUGAAACCGAGACAGGCAUAUUUAAGGCUAUUUUGGAAGGUAAUCUUGAUCUUGAAAGCGCACCGUGGCCUUCUAUUUCAGCUACGGCAAAAGAUUUGAUAAGAAAAAUGUUGAACUAUGACCCUGAGAAGCGCAUUACUGCUGCUGAAGCCCUUGAACACCCAUGGAUGAAGGAGGGCGGUGAAGCAUCUGAUAAACCUCUAGACAAUGCUGUCUUAAUUAGGAUGAAACAAUUCAGUGCAAUGAACAAGAUGAAGAAACUUGCUUUGAAGGUCAUAGCAGAAAACCUUUCAGAGGAGGAAAUCAAGGGCUUGAGACAAAUGUUCAACAACAUGGAUACUGAUCGCAGUGGCACAAUCACGUAUGAAGAACUCAAAUCUGGAUUGACCAAAUUGGGAUCCAAGCUUAGUGAAUUUGAAAUAAGGCAGCUGAUGGAUGCUGCUGAUGUUGACAAGAGUGGGACUAUUGACUAUCAAGAAUUCAUUACUGCCACUAUAAACCGGCAUAAACUUGAGAAAGAGGAGCAUUUGUUUAAGGCUUUUCAAUACUUCGACAAGGAUAACAGCGGAUAUAUAACAAGAGAUGAGCUUAGACAAGCUUUGACUGAAUAUCAAAUGGCAGAUGAAGCGACAAUAGAUGAAGUUAUUAAUGAUGUUGAUACUGAUAAUGAUGGAAAAAUCAAUUAUGAAGAGUUUGUCGCUAUGAUGAGAAAAGGAAUCUUGGAUUAUGAUGAGAAAGAGAAACCACGAUAA